AUGGCUGAGGAUGAGGUGCUUUUUGAUGAUGUGUAUGAACUUUGUGAAAUCAUUGGCAAGGGGCCGUUCAGUCUUGUACGUAGAUGUGUGCAUAGACAGACAGGUCAGCAGUUUGCUGUGAAAAUAGUUGAUGUUGCCAGGUUUACAGCUAGUCCUGGUUUGAGCACUGCAGAUUUAAAACGUGAGGCUACAAUAUGCCACAUGUUAAAGCAUCCACACAUCGUGGAACUACUGGAGACCUACAGUUCCGAAGGGAUGCUUUACAUGGUGUUUGAGUAUAUGGACGGUUCUGACCUUUGCUUUGAAGUAGUUAGAAGAGCAACUGCUGGAUUUGUCUACAGUGAAGCUGUUGCAUGCCACUACAUGCGCCAGAUACUGGAAGCACUCCGCUACUGCCAUGAAAAUGAUAUAGUCCAUCGAGAUGUUAGGCCCCAUUGCGUUCUUCUUGCUGGGCGGGACAAUUGCGCCCCGGUUAAGCUUGGUGGUUUUGGUGUAGCUGCUCAACUACCGACACCUACUGCGCAUCGUGCACCACCUGGUCGCAUUGGAACUCCGCAUUAUAUGGCUCCAGAAGUCGUGUCCAGUCAGCUCUACGGAAAACCCGUGGACGUUUGGGCCGCUGGAAUAUUGCUUCACGUUUUGCUCGUGGGCUAUUUACCAUUCACCGGCACAAGAGAGAGACUGUUUGAGGCAAUUUGUCGUGGACGGCUGAGGUUCGAUGCACCACUGUGGGAUGACAUCAGUGACGCGGCUAAAGAUCUAGUCCAACGUAUGUUGACCGUCGACCAUACGCAAAGGAUCAACAUACAAGAAGUACUCAACCACAGAUGGAUAAGGGAUCGCGACAAGCAAAAUCGCAUUCACCUGGCUGCCACUGUUGAAGAAUUAAAGAAGUUCAACAGCCGUCGUCGUUUGCGAGCUGCUACUUUAGCUGCAGCGUCUGUGGAGGAUGAAGAGGAAGAGGAGCAACCAGCAAGGAGGCAAGCAUUGUUGGAAGAGGCAAAUGCUGCCGCUGUAAACCUGAUAGUGGAGUCUUUGGAUGAUGUAGCGGUACUGCAGGAUGGGCCGCCUUUUAUGGACCCCGAUCUGUUUCAUAGUGUACUUGACGAUCUUCAGCUACGUGCUUUAUUAGAGGUGUAUGACCGCAUAGCGUGCACUGUAGUCGUUACGAGUGGUCGCGCCCCCGCCGCGGAGGGUCGAUCUCGCGCUCGCGCCGCUCUCGAAGCCGCGUCGCGCCCAAGAGCUGCACCGGUUCCGACAGGUGCUGCACCCGCAACUGCAGCGGCGAUACACGAACUUCGGCGUGUCCUUGCAUCUCCAUAUGUCAAGGUAGGAACAGUAGAAUAA